AUGUCACUGUCAAAGGCACUAGACAAGGUGCCCGCAGGAGUGCCACUCCCUUGGAAAUUUCACCAUGAAAACUGGGAGAAGCCAUGGGAAUCUCAGUCGGGAGACUUUCCACCACAGGAGACUGAGCGCGAGCAUGGGCUGAGACGACGUGAUAUCAAAAGCAAGCUCCAUAGGCCUAAAGGAGUAGCCAGUCAGCUUUUGCAAGAGCAAAUCAAUCGCUGGCCAUGGGGAUAUACGAUAUAUCGAACGGUCUUUACCCCGGAAUCCGACAGUCACUGGGACACUGCCAUGGACGCAAUCCAAGGAAACAUCUUUGCCACUCUUGAAAGAACGCUACGAGAUGGACCGAAAGAGAACGAGGAUGCACAUCGAAUCUUACGCGACGGAUAUCGCACCCUCGUGUUCCAAGAUAAAACUACCCUCGAUGGAGCCAGUAUCGAUCAAGUUCGGCAGCAAUUCAAAGAUUUUGUUACAAAUGAGUUCUUUCCUGUUGGUGUGCGAUUUCGCUGGUGUCUGGUCAUAGAUGCAGAAGCCAUUCAGUCAUUUUUGCGCUACCCUCAACCCGUUGAAGCUUCUGACUUAUCGAAACCUGGUGCGAUUGAGGAAAAUGGUGCCUGGGUGACAGUUGUGGACCCUGAAUAUGAACCCAGCUCAACUUCUAGGGGCAGGGGUCGCUUAUAUCAGGGGUUUGUGCGGUGCCAUCUCAACAGACUGCUGUCCCUUGCAUGGGCAGGAUCUAUGAACCACAUUUCUAAAAUGAAUCGCCGCGAUGCAGAUGGUGUUUUAUGGUACGAAGAAAAGAUUUAA